AUGAAAUCGAAAAUUAUGUGGAAUAUUUUAGUAAUUAUAUUACUGUCUCAUUUGGUCAUUAAUAUACAUUCUUUUCAACGUAAAUAUGACAAGAAUACAGUUGCAAGUAUACCUGGUGAUAUUAUACUUGGUGGAUUAUUCCCUGUACAUACAUCUGGUGUAACUGCAUGUGAAUCAAUCAAUCCAGAAAGAGGAAUUCAACGAGUUGAAGCAAUGUUAUUCACAUUAGAUGAAAUUAAUAAUAAUACAAAAUUAUUACCAGGUUUAACUUUAGGCACUACAAUACGUGAUACAUGCUCAGACACAAAUCAUGCACUUGAACAAGCAUUAAAAUUUGUACAAGCCAGUACUGGAAAUAGUGGUCAAUUAAAUACAAUGAAUGAACAUUCAGAGAAUUUAAUUACUCGUGGAGUUGUUGGUAGUUCAUAUAGUUCAGUAACAAUACUUGUAGCAAAUUUAUUUCGUCUAUUCUCUUUACCACAAAUAUCUUAUGCAUCAACAACUGCUAUAUUAAGUGAUAAACGUGCAUUUCCAUUGUUUGCACGUACUGUACCUUCAGAUGUUGUACAAGCUCAAGCUAUGGCUACAUUAGUCUCAGCGCAUAAUUGGACUUAUGUUUCUACUGUACGCAGUGCAGGUGAUUAUGGUGAUUCAGGUAUGGAUGCAUUUUGGAAAGAAGCUGAUAAACUUGGUGUUUGUAUAGCGGCUAGAGAAGUGAUUCGAGGAAAUACUGGCCCAGAGGAUUUGGAUCAUAUAGUUCAUGUGCUUAGUAAAGAUUUUGCAAAAGCUAGAGUCGUUGUUUUAUUUACUGGCAUGGAUCAUACAAAGUUAUUACUAGAUGCAGUUAGGAGAGCUGGCCUCGUUAAUCAUUUCGUCUGGAUUGCUAGCGAUGGUUGGGGCAGAGAAAAUGUACCUGUAUCAAAUAAUUCAAGAGAAGCUAAUGGUGCAUUAACUAUAGAAAUUCAAGCUGAACCAAUUAAAGCAUUCACAGAUUAUUAUCUAUCUUUAGGUAGAGAAAAUCAUAGAAAUCCGUGGUUCAAAGAAUAUUGGCAAGAUUUAACACAAUGUAGAGAAGGCUUAACUAAAAGACGAGAAAAAAAAUCAACGAACUCCAGGCGUUACUUCAUGAGUAGACUAAAUAAAAACGAGACAAAUUUAGACAAUUCUCAUGAAUUAUCAUCACCAGCAUCAUUGUGCAGUAACAGUCCAGAUUUAAGAUUACGUGACAUUCUUGGACCAGAUUUCAAACAAGAAGCGAAAAUACAAUUUGUUUACGAUGCAGUUUAUGCAUUUGCUUCCGGAUUACAUAUACUUCAGAAAAAAUUAUGUCCUGGUAAUCCUCUUCAUCCAAAAUGGAAUAAAAGAGGUUGUCUUGAGAAAAUGCUCAAUUAUCCUGGAACUGCUUUCUACCAGCUAAUAAUUAAUACUUCAUUUACUGAUAAUUAUGGCAACUAUGUUGCAUUCGAUGAGAAUGGUGAUGGCUAUGGACAAUAUUCAAUUUAUAAUUAUGCACGUGAUCCAUAUACUGGUCAGUAUCAUUAUCGAUUAGUUGGUGAUUUUCAAGGCGGUAAACUGACAAUGCGUGCACGACCUAUAUGGCCUGGUGGUGAAUCGAAAAAUUUUCCAAUUAGUCAAUGUUCAGAAGAAUGCGGAUUUGGUGAAGUUCGACGUUUAGACAAGAAACAACAAUGCUGUUGGUCAUGUGAAACAUGCGGUGUAGAUCAACGCGUAGUUAAUUUAACUCACUGUGAAACUUGUCCAUUUCAACACUGGCCUUCAAAGGAUAAAAGGACAUGCGAACUUUUGGAGUUACACUAUAUUGAUAUUUCAACAUGGUAUGCGAUCGUUCCAAUAACGUUUAGUAGUCUUGGCAUACUAAUCACUGGUGGGAUUAUACUAACAUGGAUUUUUUAUUCUGAUACACCUUUGAUUCGUGCUACAGGACGUGAACUAGCUUAUGUACAAUUAGCUGGAUGUUUAGUUUGUUAUUCAUGUACAUUCAUUCUAAUAGCAAGACCGUCAAUUUUUACAUGUUCACUACAACGAAUUCUGAUUGGUCUGGGUUUCGCAAUGAUGUAUGCGUCAUUAUUGACAAAAACCAAUCGUAUUGCAAGAAUAUUUGAUGCAGCAAAACGUACUACUAAACGUCCUGUAUAUAUUUCACCAAGAUCACAACUUGCUAUUGCUGGAUCAUUAAUUGCCCUGCAAUUAUCUUUAUCAGCUAUAUGGUUCGGUUUUGAUUCACCUGAUACACGAAUUGAUGAGAUUAGACCUGGUUAUCUUGUUUUACGAUGUGCUAUGAAAGAUAAAAGUUUUUUAAUUUCGUUGGCUUAUAAUAUGAUUUUAAUUAUUGUUUGUACAGCAUAUGCUGUAAAAACACGACAAAUUCCAGAAAAUUUUAAUGAAUCUAAAUUUAUUGGUUUUACUAUGUAUACAACAUGUAUUAUAUGGUUGGCAUUUUUACCAAUGUAUUAUGCUACAAUUAGUAAUCAUCAAAUUCAAAUAGCAACUUUGUGUAUAUCUGUCAAUUUAAGUGCAAGUGUUAUGUUGUGCUGUUUAUUCAUUCCUAAAUUAUACAUUAUAUAUUUACAUCCAGAGAAAAAUGUUCGACGUUUAACAAUGAAUAAUAAUAUGACAGCAAAACAAAAAUUUGCUAAUUUAAUAAAAGAAAAAUCAUCAACCAAUGUGAACGUGUCAAGUUAUGCAUCAGAUAAUACUAGUUUAACUGUAAGCAGUAGCACAAAAACUGGUCUACAAACAGAUUCAGAUAAAGGAAUAUUAGCUAGUCCAAUUAAUACAACACAAUCUACUGUAACAAAUACUAAUUGUUUGAAAAUAGAUAAUCAAUUUUUCAAUGAGCCAUCUCGAAGUAAUUCAUCAAUUACUCAGUCAGUUCAAGUGAUUUGUAACCCUAUCGUCAGUGAUUAUGUUAUCCCAUCAGUUAUAACAACUACGCCAUCAAUAACAAGAGCAUCGACAGAUACAGUCAAUGAUAAACAGUCACCUGCUUAUGUUAACACAUUAUUUAUGAAUUAUUUAAAUCAAAAACAAAAUGAUUAUUUAUCCAAUAAUAACAAUAAUAAUAAUAAUAAUUUCCCUACACCUACACCAUUAUUAUUAGACAAUAUACCUAAUCGUUUAUCACUUAUUAAUUCAGUCUAUUGUGAUGAAGAUAAUGUUACCACUGAAGAUGAGAGUAAUUAUACAAUCAUUAAAAAAACAUCAUCUACAUUAAUCACAUCAACAAGAAACACAAUUUCCACUAUAACAAUGCACAACUUUACCAAUAAUGGUGGUAGAUAUAAUCCUACAACUAGCACUUAUCAUGAAAUGAAAAUACCAGAAACUGAUCGAUAUGCAAAAGGUCAACAUUCAAUUCAAUUCAAUCAACUAUCACAUGAAUCUAGCCAGCAUCAGUUUGGCAAAACGUCAACAAUAAUAAAUAAUAAUUUGUCUAAAUAUAUACCAUUGCAUAAUAAUAAUAAUAAUAACACAUCAUCACAAUGCACUCAUCAUCGUUGCACAUCAUCAUUUUCACCGACCAUUUCACUUGGUUCCAUUGAAUCGCCUAAUUUAAGUGUACCCAGUUCUGAUUUAUAUAAUCAUAGUUAUGGUGAUGAUGAUACAAUGAUGCAAAAUAGUGAAAAUAAUGACAGUUCAUUUCGUGACAAUGAAUCAUUAUUUGUACGUAUAAAAAAACAAGAGAAAAUUAAUCCACGCAGUAUUGACUAUACCAAACAAACUGUGACUGCACUAUGAAAGCUGACAUGUUAUUAUAUCUCAAGUCAAUUAGCUUUGUGUGUGUGUGUGUUUGUUUGUUUGUUUGUUUUCAUGAUUUUUUUGUAUUGUAUUGUACUAUUUGUGAAAUAUUAUUAUUUAUUAUUUUUUUUGUAUUAUAUUUUCCUGUAAUUAGAUUGAUGAUCAGAUAUGAAUUUCCUAAUUAAAAUUUCAUGCGAUAAUUUUUUUUCAAAACAAGCUCAACUAGUAUGAAAC